UCAAAGCUUUAUUGAAAUUCACCAUUUCAAUAUUUUGUUCACUGUUCGACAUGAAUACUCCGUGAGUAAAAGAUCAACAAGAUGAUGAUUCUCUCAGCCUAUACGCAGUAUUUAAUUUGUGGGAACCGCCCAGACGUUUGAGUCGAUCUUCAAGCUAUAAAGGAAGAGGAGAUGAUAAAAGAUUCUUCCAUUGCUAUUUCCCACUACCACUGCCAAAACAAAUCAUAAUUUUUAGUCUUGGAAAAUGGGACGUGAAUUUCAAGGGACAAGAGAUAAUUGCAGAAGUAUCUCUUGAGGUGGUGACUCCACCCCAGAAAAUUGGUACUCUAUCAUGCAGGAGUAAAGCACUUUGUUGGGACGAGGGCUGGAAGACGAAGUUUUUGAAAAGAAGUGAAGAGCUCGCUGAGGAGGGACAAAUGGCUAAGCUGACCCUGAGAACUGUGAAGGAAAAAUGCAACCAUGAAAAAGAAAACAAGAAAGAUCAUGAAGGUGCUGUACUAUCACCAAUGCAGGAAACUCAAAAAGAUUCUUGCAAGAGUUCUGUCACACCAGGAAGUUUAAAAAACCUGAAGCAACAAAAACUUAAUUUCAACGAAUGUACAAAAUUGGAGUUUUCUCCUGUGGAUUCAAAAGAUGUCAUUUCACCUCCACCCACCAAGAAACGAAGACAGAGCAAUGCUGAAACUCCUAUUCAAGGUCAGAGACAGAAUUUCAGAAAAGGUUCAGGAAGUGCCAAAAAGAAUCCUAGAAACAGUUCAGUGAGGAGCCCUGAUGUGCCAACGCCACCUGACACUCCAUCAACAGUCAACUUGAGUGAUGUGCCAUCAGGCCGAUGGGGGCAUGAUAUGUGUUUAAUUGACAAGAGAAAGGCUAUCCUGAUUGGAGGUCAAGGAAGCAAGCAACAGAUGGCUAAAGAUUCUGUUUGGACUUUGAAUUUGUCCCAAGGAUGCCCAUCUUGGCAUGAAGAGAACUGCACAGGAGGUGGAGCUGAUAGACGAAUUGGACACACUGUCACAUAUGACCCAGAGAAGAAGGUGUUGUAUGUGUAUGGUGGAUCGAAAACAAAGAGAUGGUUUAGUGAUGUAAACAUUCUGGACUUGCAAACAAAUACCUGGUCAGCUGUCGAGGCAGUUGGUAAUGCCCCCACUAGAGCAUAUCAUAGCUGUAACCUUUUCUAUGGGGAGCUGCUUGUUUUUGGUGGAGUAUUUCCAAACCCUGAUCCAGAACCCGAUGGCUGUAGUAAUGAGCUUUAUAUCUUCAACACAGGAUCAAACAACUGGUACAAACCAAUCACGAGAGGAACCCCACCCAAACCAAAAUCAGGUCACUCAGCAUCUUUAUUAGAAGACAGAUUGGUUAUAUUUGGAGGCUGGGAUUUUCCGCAAUGUUUCAAUGACGUUUCAGUUAUUGACUUGGCAAUGAUGGAGUUUUCUAGUCCUGUUUUGUCUGGCACCUUUCCAUCACCUCGAAGCUGGCAUGCCUCGGCUGUUCUCCCCAGGCAAAGGAUUUUCAUUCAUGGUGGUUAUGAUGGCAAUCAGAUCCUUACAGACUCGUUUGUACUCGAGCUAGGAACUUCAACUUGGAUUACAGUUAAGACCAGUGAAAGCCUCACAGGGAGGGCAGGGCAUGUGGCUCUGUUCCUACCUGCAGACAGUGAAGAAAAAGAGAAGGAAGAAAUUGUUGUGUUUGGCGGUGGUGACAAUGAUGGAGGAUAUUUUAAUGAUCUUGUUGUCUUUUCACCCAGCACUUGUUAACAUUUCAAAUUACUGAGCAGCAGAUAGUGUUGAGAUUCUUAUCAAGAUCAAGCUGUUUCUAAAGCAAAUGAGACAAAGGGAAUAUUCAAGUUAAAAGUUUAAAUUUGUUUGGAAAACAAUAAAUCCUCCUAAUAAUGAGUGGGGUGGUUGUGUGAUAGGAUUCUACUGCAAACUGUUUAAGAAAUUAUAGAUUCUGCGGUAUACGUUAUAACUGUGAUGUUAGUAGUAUGUUUUGACAUUUUAUAGUGAUUUAUUAACCAAGGGCAAGUAGUUUGAAAGUUGUAGAGCUAAUCUGGGGUUAACAUUUUUUAUGUACUCUUGAUUUUUUCAUUUUUUUGUUUUAAGUAUGUCAGAGCUUUGUUUUGUAAAACAAAAAGUUUUGGAAGUCAAACUUUUGAAUUUCGUGUUGGAUGUAAAGCAAAACUGAAGCCAACAAAAAUCUUAACAGCAAACCUCUUUUUCUAGAAGUGAAACUAAAACAGAAAUUCAUGCUAUCCUUGGUUUAUUUUGAUCAUGUUUUGAAGUACCAGUCCCAACAUCUAGUUUCAUUUAAAAGUUAACUUUGAACUGUUUACACCUGUUUUUUACCUAAUGUGUUUUACAUGUGAAUAUUAAACAUUUUAAUCAUAUGA